AUGAAUAAUACAAUUAACGCCCAAGAAUAUUUAACUGACAAAAAUGUUAAAGAAAUCAGUUCAGCCGAAACCAAACUAACGGGGGAACUAAUCAUCCAAGAUUAUCCCAGUUUAGAGCAAAUAAUUUUAGCGAACCAUGAACUAACUUCUUUAACGAUUAACAAUUGUCCUAAUUUAAAAAGUUUGAAUGUGCGGAAUAAUCAAUUAACUAAAUUAGAGUUUAACCAAACUCCUGAAAUAGAACAAAUAAUUGCUGGUAAAAAUGAAUUAAGUAUUUUAGAUUUAACUAACUGUUCUAAACUUAGAGAAUUAAUUAUUCCUGAUAAUCCUUAUCUUUUGGAAACAAAAGGAUUAAAUUUAUCAACUAUUACUAAUCUUAAUAUUACCAAUACUUCGGUUAAUUUAACUCAAGAUUACGAAGAAUUAAAAAACGAAAAAGAAAGGUUAUUAGGAGUGAUAGAAACUUUAAAGGAAGGAGGAGAAGAAGGCAAAUUAAUGCUCACUGAAGCCAUUGAAAAGAAAGCUUUGCCUGCUUUUCAAGUUCCCGAAAGUCGUCAAAAGGCUAAAAAAGUAUUAAUAUUAAUUGCCGAAGCCCAAACGAACCGCAAUUAUCAAGAAUUAUGCGAUAAAUGGAACGGGAAAGGAGAACACAAUGGCGAUAAUGAUUUUGAUUGCGGUAGUUUAAAAAUCCUAAUGGAUUAUUUAAAGACUGGUUUAAACCAGAAAUUUUUUAAAGAAGUAAUCGAAAACAGUCAUCUUUCUGAAGAAAUGAAAGAAACUCUAAAGGAGGAGGAUAAGUCUAAAAUUCAAGUUUACGAAAAGUUAGAGCAAAAACCGGAAGAAGUUCAGUCCAAAUUUACUAAUUUAGAAGAAGAAUAUAAGACUUUUAAGCAAAAAAGUGAAGAGCAAAUUCAAGAACUAACUAAAAAAUGUGAAUUAGCAGAAAAUAAAGUUAAAGAAUGA